AUGGGUAUCGAUCUCGAUCGCCAUCACGUCCGAAACACCCAUCGGAAGGCUCCCAAGAGCGACAAUGUCUAUCUCAAGCUCUUGGUGAAGCUCUACCGCUUCCUUGCCCGUCGCACUGACGCCAACUUCAACAAAGUCGUUCUCAAGCGCCUGUUCCAAUCCCGCAUCAACCGCCCUCCAGUUUCCAUCUCGCGCAUCGUUGGCAAGACCCAAACCGAGUCCGCUCAAAAGGCCUACAAGGGCAAGACAGUUGCUAUCAUUGGCACCGUUACCGACGACAACCGUCUUACCACAGUCCCCGAAUUGCAUGUCGCCGCGCUACGAUUUACUGCUACUGCCCGUGCCAGAAUCGAGAAGGCUGGCGGUGAAGCUAUCACUCUGGAUCAAUUGGCUCUGAGACACCCCACCGGAAGCAAUGUUGUUCUGCUUAGAGGUCCCAAGAACGCUCGUGAGGCCGUCAAGCACUUUGGCAUGGGACCCCACAAGCACAAGAAGCCCUACAUCGAGAGCAAGGGACGCAAAUUCGAGAAGGGCAGAGGCCGAAGACGAAGCAAGGGUUUCAAGGUCUAA